CCCCCCCCCCCCCCCCCCCCCCCCCGCCUCAAAACAGCAGUCUGGUGACCGGGGUAUCCGGAUUACACCCGCUCUCACAGAAGCCCGGUCAGUCCACUGUCCGUGUGGCGCAGGCGAGGAGACACAACAAGAUGACGUUCAUCGCCAAGACCUUCUACGACCUGAAGGCCACCACGCUGGAGGGGGCCACGGUGGACUUCAACGUGUUCAGGGGCCGCGUGGUUCUGAUCGAAAACGUGGCCUCGCUCUGAGGCACCACCACCCGGGACUACAGCGAGCUCAGCCAGCUGCAGAGCAAGUACCCCCACCGGCUCGUGGUCCUGGGCUUCCCCUGUAACCAGUUUGGCUACCAGGAGAACUUGUCUAAUGGGGAGAUCUUAAAUUCGCUGAAGUAUGUGCGACCAGGCGCGGGCUACGAACCCGGCUUCACCGUCUUUGAGAAGUGCGAAGUCAACGGAGCGAACCCACACCCGGUCUUCGCCUACCUCAAAGACAAGCUGCCCUACCCCGAAGACGACCCCAACUCCCUCAUGCAGGACCCCAAGCACCUGAUCUGGACGCCCAUAUGCCGGAACGACGUCUCCUGGAACUUUGAGAAGUUCCUGGUCGGGCCGGAGGGAGAGCCCUUUAAGAGAUACAGCAAGAAGUUCCCCACCAUCAGCAUAGAGCCCGACAUUCAGAGACUGUUGAGGUUAACCAAGAGCUAAGAUAAAUACGUAGUAGGCCUCAAUUAGUAUCCCUCAAAUUGCCUUUUCAUCAUAAUACUGGUAACAGUAUGUGAAGUGUUGUGUUCAGUCUUUUAAGCCUUAUUAAAUGAAGGUGGUACUCUGAACGCGGUAGCGGGAGUACUGCCUGAGCCCUCUGUAAGUGCUCAAGAGGAUUGGAUUCAUGCUCAUGUGUCUGGAAACUAAUCUGGUAUGGAAGGCACUGUUAAAUGAUAGUCGUCAUGGGUUAUUUCUAUAUUCUUGAAAAGAAGGCGUAUGGAAAUAAACUAUUGCUUUUAAGUAUUAAUAAUAUUCCUGAAGAACAAAAAAAAUGUAUGGCUAUUCGGCUUAUUACUAAACGUGUGUUGGCCGACCAGCAGAUGGUGCUAUUACUUAUGAAAUGAAAAUGAUUCUUGGGGCGAUGAAUUAGUUCCUGUUCAAAUAAAUCACUUUGCUCAGCCUAA